AUGGCGAUCCGAGUGACAGAACGAUUUAUUACUUUAUUUCGAUUAGUGAAACAAACGAUAAAAUGUUUCAAUUUAUUUGCAUCUAAACCACCAACAAAUGAUCAACAUGAUCAGGAAAAUCAAUUAUUAUCAACACGUUUAUUUAUUAUACUAUUUGCUUGCUCAUUAGUUACUUUAGUUAUUUACACAUUAUCAGUGCAACGUACACAAACAAUAACAGUUAAAUCACUAACGUUAAAGAAAUAUACAAAACUCUUGAAACAAUAUCCGCAAACUUUGAGCUGUCCAUGUACACAAAUAACAAUUCCCUAUGGUCAAUUUAUUAAACUAUCACCUAAAUAUCAUCAAAUAUGUUCUAGUCAAUUUAUUAUGGAUCAGUGGUCUCAAUUUAUUAUUGAGAGCCGACCACCAAUCGAUCAAAUUUUGUUAAGUGAUUUUCGUUAUUUAGGUCCAUAUAGUUUUCGAUUAUUAAAUAAAUUUUGUAAAUUAUCAUUAGAAAUAGUUGAGAAC